UAACCCAAAAAAUGCGCCGCGGCGGAUGUGUAUUUUCGCGGUAUCUGCUCACGGUCACACCGGGUGGAUGGCGUCUUUAAGAGUGUGUAAAAGUUACCAGAAAAGUUACCUGAAUGCAAACGCGGUUUUUGAAGCUGCAUCUGCUGAUUAGGUGGACGAACCGAGUGCUCCUCGCUCCACAAAUUGGGCCAAAAUACAGCUCCAAUCGCACAUAAGCCGUGCGCCAAACUUGCGCUCUUUGCCAAUUUUCUUUUUCGUGGGAAAAUCGCAACGGGCUGCAUCCUGCGAUAAUGGAUAUUUUUGAUAUAGUCAAAGCGGCACCGCCGCCGCAAACCAUUAAUCUGGUGAGCCCCAAGUUCUCCACUCCGUCGCCGAUACCGCCCGAUUCGCCAAUCGACACAAGUGACCUCCUGGAGCGUGGAAACCAAUCGAUCGAGGAUGACUUGCACAAGAAGACAGCGAUUCAAGAUGGGUCGACAUAUCAAAUCAGCGAGCGAAAAUCAGAGGACAUCUGUGAAGUCACAGACCCAGCAAUACUAAAAAAUCUAAACACGCCGAGAAAAUCGAAGAAAAUCGAGCACGCCGAGGAUUCCAGCAUAGAUUUGGUGGAUUCGGAGAAAUCAGAUGAGGAUCUCGGCGAGUACCCGACCAAGGAGAGGCGUAAGAGCGUGGACACCUCGAAACCGAACCAAACCAAGAAAUCCAAGGCAGCCAACUUAACUGCAUCGACGUCGCGCAGAAAGAGGCCAACAGAGUCUAGGGAAGACGACGGGGCCACCGAAGAGGACCAGCAAUUGGUGCUGAUCAGUCCCACCAAGACGAAGGCUCAGCAGAAGAUGUUCAGCGAUCAGCGGUCGCCGAACCUCAAUAGGAAGUUGCGGGUACUAAUGCGUCGCCUGAGGCAGCCGGAUAUUGAUUCGGCCGUCGAAUCGCUGGCCAAUUCAUCAUUUUACAAUGUGAUCGAGAACAUUAAAAAGAGCGGUGUUAGGGGCCGUGGCAGACCCAGAAAGAGGAAUUCGUCACCCGUGAAACAAAACUCAUCACCAGCACAGACCAAUUUCCACAUCAAAGUUCCUCUGCAGAAUGGCACCAAGAAGCGGGCUCUAAAUGAUGCCUCGCGCACGCAUACACCGCCUCCCAGUUUAGCCAAGAGGGCUGCGAUCGCACAGUCCACACCAAAGCCAAGUCCCAAGCCCAAGAUGAAGUCGAGGAGAACAUCAAGUCGCGGACGCAAAACCGAUCCGGCUUUGGUUGAGCGUUAUGGUGCGCGUUUUUUUGCCUGCGUGGUGAAGGUCAAGAGAACGCCCCUACCCACCAAGUGGCCGGAUUGCAGUCCGCGUCCCACUGGCGGGGUCAGGAAGGGGCAUCCCAAGAAAGCGGUUUCCUUCAGCGAGGCCGUCGAGAUUCUGGGCAGCCCGGGAGGCUCCUCACGCCGGGCGACUUUUGGUUCGGUAUCAUCGAAAGGGAAUCCGAAACCAACACGCCUGCAGCGUGUGGAUGCCACUGGCAAUGUGCUGGAGGACAUAACACUGACCUCCACGCCGCUCAUCUCGCCAUCCACUGGCACAUCGACGUCUGGUAGAUCCCGCGAGCGGGGAAGGCGCCGCACAUGCAACGGCUCACCUAUAGGCGAACGUCUGAAGCGCUCCAACCAGCGUCUGCCGCUCUCGAGGAUGGCCCGCCUGAUCAUAGAUGACAGCUCUAAGUCAGGUGGGGAUGAUGAGGAUGAUGAGUAUAUCGUGCCCAACGAUUUGCCGGGAACGCAGAGAGCUGGAACGCCUCCUCCCAAAAAAAAGAAGAUAUCCUUCACUACGACCAUCAGUGAUGAUGAGGACGAAAUGCCACUCCUAAAAAAGCAGAAGGAUGCACAAAGAAAGCAUCCAAAACCACUCAAAGAAAGCUCAAACAGAAAGUCGGACAAGGUGCUCAAGGAGCAGAAGUCGACUGACAAAACGCGCACGGAAAAUGAGAUAAAAACGGAAAACUCAAAUGAGAUUGUUCAGGAAAAACUUCCUCCGCCUACAGUGGAAAUUGAAUCUGUCGAUAAAGAGGAAAUCAAACCACCAGCGGAGGAAAUCCAAUCAACAGAGCGAGAGAGAGACGCACACGAAGCUGAAACAAGUGAAGUAGAAAGAGAUAGAGAAGAAAGAUUUGAGGAUGCAGCAGAGAAAAAUCCGGAUGAGGCAUCUCAGCACAAGGCGGAGGAACAAGUUGUAACUGUGCAAGAGCUAAAAGAAGCGGACAAUUCGGAGACAAAGUCGGAAGUUGCUCAAGCUGAAGCUCUGCAAGACGAGAACGUGGAAAAUGUGGAGGAAAAUGCGGCUGAAACCACUGAAAGCCUCAACAAGUCUCCAGAAAAACCAACGAACGAAGACAGGGUUGAGAAAGUGGAGGAGGAGGUCGAGCAGGCUGGGCAGCUCAGUGACUUGCCGACCCCAACACAGCUCCCUUCCACAACUAACGAUAACCAAGAUGACGUUUUGGAGAUCCAGACGUCGUUGGAUGAUGUCCGUCAAUUGCAUACGCCACCAUCCCGCCUCAGUACGCCCAAGCCACGCAGCCGCCUCGAUUCCGGUGACUCCGAUUGCAGCUUUAAGUCCGCCAGCGAUCAUGGCAAGCAGCUAGCUGGACAACCAAUAGGGGCAACUGCGCAUGAAGAACGCGAACCAGCGGAAGACGAGAAUCGACAACCGGCAACUACCAUCAUCGACGACCCCAUCGAUUCAGCCGAACUUCCUGCCGAGCUUAUGACCCCGCCCGCGGUGCCCAGUACAGUGAAUGGUGAUCCCACCAGCGGCUCUAGUGCAACGGCGCCGUAUUUCUCGCCCAUGGAGUCCAUGGCCACGCUGGAUGACGAGGUCUUGGGCCAGCUAGUCGAACCCGACUUUCAGUUGAACUCCAGCCGCCAUGCCAUCUCCAGGGGUACACUAGACGAAAUAAUGACCGCGUUAGAAUCCUAGGCAGCGGGCAGCUUGCGCACCAAGUAAAGAUACAUCCAAAUGUGUGCAUACACAGACAUAGCUACAAACACACACAGGUUUUAAGGGACCGAUUAAUUUUUACAUUACACUGAAAUUACGAUUAGUUCUUUCCAAGAUCAAGAAUAGACAUACGUUUAUUUUUAAAGACAUAUUCAUUUUGUAGCCAAAUUUACGCUACGCUCCCAAGUAUUUUUGGAACAGAAAACAAAUGGUGCAAACUUAAAUAUUUUGCAUAUUUUAUCGUAUGAUUGCUGAUCUAGUCAGCUGACGGAGACAAAAGUCAACACCAACUCACUCACUCAAUUAGCAAGGAUCGAAGGAAAAUUAGGAUUAAAUCAGAAAUCAAUUUUCAAUGUUUAAGCUACUUAAACAGAUCCUUAUGUUAAUUGUACCUUAAAUAAUACGUAUUGUUCAUUUGACCUUUUUUUUAACAACAUAGAUUUGAUAUAAAUAAAGUUGCGCUCAUGCACACAUAUAUAUA